CCCCCCCCCCCCCCCCCCCCCCUGCCACAGAGCCCCGCAGCAGCCAUGAUCGAACUUACCGCUGUGCGCACCGACGGCUGGCGGCGCCCCAUCGAGGGUGCCGACCCGACGACCAUCGCCACCGUCGCUCCCGGAACCGACCCCGCCCUCAUCGGCGAGGGUAGUGAGGGAUCGGCUCUGGGCAGCGGCUCGCUGGCCUCCCUCCCCAAGCAGGAUCCCACUCUGCCCCCGGGAUACUAUCCGCUGAAGACCCUCGGCGAGCCGGUCAUUCUGACGUCCCACGUCACCAAGAACUAUUCGAUUGUUGGCCGCAGCGAGCCGGUCCGGGCCCUGAUCGACAUUGACCUUUCCCCGGACUCGGAAUUCUACCCCAUUCGCAAGGGCGAGUUCGUCAUGCUGCGUGGCCCUUCCGGUGGCGGCAAGACCAGUCUACUGAAUGUCCUGGGUACCCUUGAUCGGCCUAGUUCUGGCCGAGUCGAGAUCCUCGGCGAUGUGAUCACUUCCGCCUCGCCGGACAACUUCCUGUCCGCCUUGCGCCUGCGGAAGAUCGGCUUUGUUUUCCAAACUUUCAACCUGCUGGCCAACCUCAGCGCCAAGGAGAAUGUGGCCCUGCCGAUGUCGCUCCUGGGAAAGCUGAAUGCCAAGGAGCGCGAUGAGCGUGCCAAGAAGCUCCUGGACAUGGUCGGCCUCCGCGAUCGUGUUGAGCAUCUGCCAAGCGAGCUGUCUGGUGGUGAGCAGCAGCGCGUCGCCAUCGCCCGCGCCCUGGCCAACGACCCGCCGCUCCUGCUGCUGGAUGAGCCGACUGGUGAUCUGGACACGCGGCACACCAUUCGCAUCAUGGACCUGCUGAUGCGGCUGAACCGCGAGCACGGCACCACUCUCCUGAUGGUGACCCAUCACCCGGAUCUGGAGUGCUACGCAGAUCGGGUUCUCUUCGUGCGCGACGGCGAGCUGGUCAUGCAGGCGGUCAACCGGCACCAGCGCUGCCUGGACGAGGUGGCAUAUGGCCGGUAUGUGGCCGAGCGCGAGCGCAAGGCCGGCCAGCCACAGGGCCGCGGCUAAGGGUGGCCAUAUGUUCUGCUGUCACGGUCGCCGCGCCCCGCUGUGUGCUGUCGUACCCUCGAAAGGUGCCUCGCCGGUCGGUGUGAGUGUUGCCUCCCUCCUCGUAGCUAGUUCCAUACGUGUGUACCCGCGCCCCGUCGACCGGCUGGCCGAUCGCCCGUCGGCCAGUGGGGCUUUUUUCUUUUGCCCCCCUUAGCCCUGUGCCCCGCACGGCCCUUUCGCCCUCUCUGUUGUGCGCCGCCUGGCGCCCUCUUCCCUUUGUCGGCUUUUCGUUCUCCCCCCCCCCCUCAAAUAGAAUACGCUUAUCCCAA